GCCAUCCCGUGCUUAACCAACUCCACCUACAUGAACAUAUCCAUAAAUCCUAGACCAAGUAGCAACGCCAUCCAUCAUAUCCUCACGCAAUACAAUACCCCACCUCUCCAUACCCUCUCACAGCUAGAUAGAAGAAGACCCAAGCAAACAAAAGAGAAGAGGGGGAAAGAAAAAAAGAAUGGCGGGAGACGAAUACUCCACCGGCGGAGGCGGCAAGCUCAAACUCAAGUCGAAAGUGCACGACGGCCGGGUAGACAAGAAGAGCAAGAAGAAGAAGCAGAAGGAGAAGAGCAAGACGGAGAGUGCGUCUGCUACGCCGGAGGGAGUCGCGAGUGACCAGGGGAGGGGGUUGGCAGAAACGACAUCGACAACGAUAGCCACGACGCCGGGCGGGUCGAAGAGUCCUGCCCACGAUGAGGGUGAAAAUGACAAUGGCAAUGCCAACGAGAGCGAGGGCGGUGUGGUUGUUGGGAAGACGGAAACGGAGAGGAAGUAUGAGGAUGCACGGAGAAAGCGGCUCCAAGAACGCCUAAAGCGCGAAGGAGUCAAAACGCACAAGGAGCGAGUGGAGGAGUUGAACAAGUAUCUGAGCCGACUGAGCGAACAUCACGAUAUGCCGAAAAUCGGACCCGGUUGAUGGACGGAAGAAUCAAUCCUCUGGAGGGAAGGGCACUUCAGGUUCAUUUCAAUCGCUCCUCCUACCUAUCUACCUAUCUACUUAUCUACCUAUCUAUUUAUCUAUGUAUGUAUUUAUGUAUGUAGUUAUGUUAAACAAGCACGCUGGCUCUGGUUCACAACUCAAACCCGAUGUGACACUACCUUGCUUCACUU